UCAAGUCUCAAGCUCUUGUUCAUCUGUUUCCAAACCGCACGCCGGAGUGCAGGAGCCACUGAGACUCGACACAGCGCGGCGUUCAGCAGCAGCAGCAGCAGCAGCAGCCACUCGUGUGUCCGUGCCUCCUAUUACCUCUUGCAGGAAGUGGAUACUGAAACAGUUUCGCCGUCGGACGUUUGGUGUUUAAAUCCUCUUUAACUCACAAACUCAACAUGGAGAAUGAUAACAAAUACCUCCCGCAGCUGCUGGCGGAACGCGACAGCCUGGACGCGUCGUUCACGCACGCCGCGAAACUUAUAACAGCAGAAAUCGAGAGGGUUGAGAAAGGAGAGACUGAGAAAGAUACAGAAAGCUACCUGGACCUCUUUACCCAGAAAAACAUCAAACUGAAGGAAAGGGUUCUCAUACCAGUCAAACAGUACCCCAAGUUUAACUUUGUUGGGAAGAUCCUCGGACCGCAGGGGAACACAAUCAAGAGACUGCAGGAGGAGACUGGCGCUAAGAUCUCUGUGCUGGGGAAAGGAUCCAUGAGGGACAAAACCAAGGAGGAAGGCUUGAGGAAAAGUGGAGAACCAAAGUAUGCACACUUGUCCAUGGAGCUUCAUGUGUUUAUCGAGGUGUUUGCUCCUGUUCCUGAGGCAUAUGUGCGCAUGGCUCAUGCCAUGGAGGAGAUCAAAAAGUUCUUGUUCCCUGACAUGAUGGAUGAGAUUUGUCAGGAGCAGUUCAUGGAGAUGAAGUUUCUAAAUGGCGAUCAGGAACAUGGAGGCAGAGGCAGAGGAGGGCCACCCAUCAGAGGCCGUGGAGGUCUUCCACCUCCUGGAGUACCCAGGGGUCGUGGUAUGCCCCCACGUGGUGGCCGUGGCGGACCCCCUCGAGGUGGAGCCACAAGGGGAGCUCCUGCAGGUAGAGGUGGACCAUCAGCCCAGCUGCCCAGAGGAGCAGCUUCCAACCGUGCCCGUCCACCUGCCCCUGCAUCUCAGCGGAUGCCCCCUCCACACCCUCCGACCCAAGACUCGUACGAAGAUUAUUCUUAUGACGAGAGCUACACAGAUGCAGGCUAUGAAUCCUAUGACAGCUACUACAGUCAGCCACAAGCAGAACCUGAAUACUAUGACUACGGACAUGGAGAGACACAGGAGGGAUAUGAAAACUACGCUCAAAAUGACUGGAACGGGACACAGCGCUCUGCUGGCGGUGGAAAAGCUCCCACUCAGAGACAGACUAAGCCUGGGUUAAGGGAGCCCCCCUAUGGACGAUACUAAAUCUGACUAGUGGAACGUCACCCAACGCGUCGCCAUGACAACUGUCUCCCAUGGCAGCUCACGCUUUAAGCUACCCGACAAAAGUAAUUGUCUGUUUGUUUUUUUGGUUGUGUUUUUUUACUCCGGACUUUUUUAAAAGAAACUUGACAGAACGGCAUUUGAAUGCCUCAAGAAUAAACAAACUUUAGAAGGAUUAGUUUAAACAUGGCUGUUUUUUUUGUUUGGUUUAUUUUUGUUUUUGCCAAUAUCUCUUCCUCUGCUCAUACCUACCCUUGCUUUUUUGCAUAUGUCGAUGGUAAACGUUUGUUCCAAUGACUGGAAAAAGUAUUUAGCUGAAAGGUAAAGCCUAACAACUGUACAGCCACUUUUUUGUGUCUCAGGACGCCACUUUAAUUUGUGUUACCUUAAAAACUCUGCUGAGGUGCAGUUGCAGAUUCCCAUGUAGGCUACAUUUCAAAAUUCUGUUUAAUACUAGCAUAUCAAAAAGACCCUAAAUGUAAUGUCUGUUUUGUAAUAAGGAAUAUAAAUUACUGAAAUGCAAAAUGUCUUUAAUGGUAUUUCCGACAGCCAUUGAUUAUUCCUCAUUUGAUUUAAAUAGUCUUAAAAGCUGUAAAUGUAGAUUUAGGCCUCAAUAUUUUUCCUUGUAUCUUUAGAGUUUUGAAAUAUAGCCCAAUUAGACGCUGUUGAGAUGGAAUGUCCUCAAAUCCUUAAUUUGUUUAAAAUAAGAUGUUACUCUUCAAAAGUGUUCUGCAGAAUAACCCAUGUUUGGCUACUUAUGUUUAAAAGGGAAAAAAAAUCAUGUCAGAUUAUCAUGGAUGACACCAUGCUAUAUAAACUGCAUGCACAAACUGCUUAAAAGGAUUUGGACAACAAUCUCCACAAUGGUCAUCUCUUUCUUAUGUAAAGGGAUACUGCAGCUAAAACUGACUCUAUUGUACAUAAUUUAAAAAAGGAAAAAGAAAAAAAAAACAACAACCCACAUCCAAACUGUACUUUACUGCCAUUUAGUAUUUGUAUCCUCUCCAUAAAAUGCAGAAUGACUUGUGUAAGCUUGCCUAAAUAGGUAACUAAAUCUGUCCAAAACAUGUUUUGCAGCAGUUGUCAAUAAAGCCUAGAUUGUUUUUUAUGAAA